AAAUGCAAGAGACCAGACACUGUUCUGCAAUCGUUGCUCUGAGGUCCUGAAAAAGAAAGCCCUCACCCCCGCCUGCUCUGUAUGGUUGAAGUAAGAGACAUCCCUCUUCGCCACCCGCAGGUUCCAGAGGAGUUAGUCACGAAGAGUCCUCAUUCCUCCUCCAUCUUCAUAGCUUGCAAAGAUCUGCAGUACAGAUUGGAAGAGAUUCCCUUGACGAGAGUGUCUUCUCUCCUCCUGUUUCCACUGAGCAGAAAAUGGCUAGAAGUCCCACUCAACCUUGGACCAUCAUACCCUUUGGCCUACUCUUCCUAGUCCAUGGAGUCCAUUGUUUUUUCUUGCCCAAUGCUACUCAUUUGGAAAACAUCCUCAGCAGAUACCAGGAUGAGCAGCCCCACUCUAGGACAAAGAGAGCCAUUUCUCGAUCGGACAGAGAAGAGAUCCUGAUGCUUCACAAUAAACUGAGAGGCCAAGUCUACCCUUCAGCAUCCAACAUGGAAUACAUGAGAUGGGACGAUGAGUUGGAGAGAUCAGCCGAAUCCUGGUCCCAUGAGUGCAUUUGGGAUCACGGGCCUGCCAGCCUCCUUAUGUCUAUUGGUCAAAAUCUGGCGGUUCACUGGGGCAGGUAUCGCUCUCCAGCUUUCCACGUCCAGUCUUGGUACGAUGAGGUGAAAGAUUAUACGUAUCCUUAUCCCCAUGAAUGUGACCCCUGGUGUCCAGACAGAUGCUCAGGAGCGAUGUGCACGCACUACACGCAGAUAGUCUGGGCCACAACAAAUAAGGUUGGCUGCGCCGUGAAUGUCUGCAAGAGGAUGGAUGUCUGGGGCCAGAUCUGGGAGAAUGCCGUCUACCUGGUCUGCAACUACUCUCCCAAAGGCAACUGGAUUGGAGAAGCCCCUUAUAAAAAUGGCAGGCCGUGUUCUGAAUGCCCACCUAGCUAUGGAGGAGGCUGCCAGAAUAAUCUCUGUUACAAAGAUUAUGGUUAUGUCCAAAAGCCCGAGAGAGAGGAGACGAACGAAGUGGAGACGCCCCAGGUGUUGGAGAACAAAGACGUCUGGGUGCCAGAGAAGGUGAAACCACAACCCAUGAACCCCGUGAUGGAAAAGACGCCCCCCACUGCGACUUAUAUGACACAAGUGAUCAAAUGUGACACCAAAAUGAGGGAUAAAUGCAAAGGAUCGACAUGCAACAGAUACCUGUGUCCUGCUGGUUGCUUGAACAAUAAGGCUAAAGUGUUUGGAACUUUCAACUAUGAGAGUUCAUCCAGUAUAUGUCGGGCUGCCAUUCAUUCUGGGGUGCUGGAUAACAGAGGAGGCCUGGUAGAUAUCACCAGGAAGGGGAGAUCAGACUUCUUCGUGAAGUCUCCAAGAAACGGCAUUGAAUCGUUAAGUAAAUUCAAACCUUCCAAUUCUUUUGUUGUUUCGAAAGUCGCAGUGCAGACUCUGGAUUGUUACACCACGGUAGCAGAGAUUUGUCCGUUCAAGAAGCCAGCCACCCAUUGCCCAAGGUCUUACUGUCCAGCUUACUGCAAAGAUGAGCCAUCCUACUGGGCGCCAGUGUACGGCACAAAUGUCUAUGCGGAUAGUUCCAGUAUUUGCAAAGCUGCAGUGCAUGCAGGAGUCAUUGGGGAUAAUGCAGGGGGCUAUGUGGACGUGAUGCCUGCGGACAAGAAGAAGUAUUACAGUGGCUCUUUGAAGAACGGGAUCCGAUCUGAAAGCUUAAAGACCCAGAGAGAAGGAAAAGCCUUCCGAAUCUUUGCUGUGAAGCAAUAAAUUUCCGAGAAAAGGAGCCCCUUCUGUUGGGAGGAGGACGCAAUGCUAUUCCUAUAAGUGAUGGGAAGCUCACUCAUGAUGGUGGUCAGUCUUGGCAUGUAGUACGAUGAAGCCCUCUUGGUCGAAACUCUUUCAAGGAAGACAAAGAUGGCUACAGGAAUUGCAUUCUGACUUAACUAUCUACAUCUCAUUGGCGUCAGCUCAGUGUUGUUUUAAAUUAUUUUUACUUUCAAAUGUUUAGAGUCCAAUUUGGAGAGAGGAGUGUUCAACACCUUGUUCCCUGGUGCACAGCUUACAUUGCUCACGUUAGUGCUUUGCACUUCAUGGAAUGCAUCUACUGUUUCUGAAGGUUGAAUGUUGGGUAGAAUAACUAUGGCGGUCUUAUGUGUGCAUGCGUGUGCAAGACAGAGAGAUAAUCAAAGCAGCUCUGCAGAUUCUUUGCUUUGCUUGGCUUAAUGACAGGUUGUUAGGUCUAUCAAAUGCAGCGCUGAAGCAAUGUGUGGUAGACUGUUCUGUGGAUAUUGAAAAAGACAUACCAAGCUAUUGGAAAGGAAGCAUCCUUUCAAAAGAGCACCAUCUCUGCAAAUUGGGGAUUUCUCUCAAACAGAAGAGAAUCACUGGGUUUGCUGGCCAAACAAUUGCAGAAAGUUAGGAAGAUGGGGGUGUUAACAAAAAACCAAGGAACAAGGACCCCUGUCCAAGCACAUUUCAAUUGAGAGUACAUUAGACAGCAUUUUUUUUAUUUACAGUUAAACACAAUUUAUUUUAUUCAGCUGAGCUGGUCAUAUCCUAAUUAUGCAGUGAUCUCUACAAGCUGAUCCUUAUUUUGUUAGAUACAUAUUGUUUCCUUUACCUCUUUUUUCUUUUUGUACAGAUUGAGGGCUUUAUUUUAUUAUUAUUAUUAUAUAUAUUAUGUAUGUUGGGGUUAAAAGCAACAUAUAUAUUAGAGAACUAAAAGAUCUAAUUUGUUUUCUUGUAUUCAGUAUAUAUUUAGAUCACAUGCAGAUCCCAACUGACUCCAUAAUGAACAGUUUCCUAACAUUCAUCCAGUUAUAAUAAUAAAUUUAAUAAUAAUAAUAAAUUUAAUUUUUGUGUCGCCUAUCUGGCCGAAGCCACUCUAAAGGUUAAAUUUUAACUAUUCAUCAUUCAUAUGAUUCCUGUCCCCACCCCCUAUUAAAAGCUUUUUAAUCUAAAACAAUAUGUAGCUGGGAUCCAAAUAUCUUGCUUUUUUGUAUCUCUGGACAUAUCAGCCCCUCUGCUAAUGUCCAAGCUGUGAGUGUCACUCAGUGCUUGGAAAGCUAAUUUUAAAAAAGAAUUAGUUCCAGUUCCAGUUUACCACCUUCCAAAAGAGUUCCAGUUCAAAUUCACUUACAAAAAGGGAUUAGUUCCUGUUCAAGUUUCCCCACACCAAAACGGAACUAAUUCAGUUCCAGUUUAAUUCACAGUUCAAUUCACAAUUAAUUGAUGUGGUCUUUGGCAUUUUUUCCCCAGCCUUCAGAAUUUUACAGUCUGCUCUGCUAAUGUAUAAAAAAUAUUUAAGAAGACAAAGAAAUCAUCAACACACACACAGUAUAAAGUGAACAAUUGUUUUAUUUAUUUUCUUCAACAAUUAUGAUCUUUAAGCUUAAACAGGCUGCUUCACUUUUCAGAUAGGUAAAACCAGUAGAUGCAAUGGCCACAAUCAAAGACAAGUGCGAUGAAACCUCUCUAUAUACAAAAUAUUGGAAUUAAAAUUAAAAUUGAAUUAAAAAUUAUCCAAAGUUCUGCUGUAAAAUGAACUUAAUUCACAUUAAAUUCAACUGGAAACUUUAGGAACUAUUUUCAGGUGUAAUUUAGAGAUUUUUGAAUUAAUUCAGUGAAUUAGCUAUUCUGAAUUAGUUUAUUCCAAGAACUGGUGUCACCACUUAGGUAGCAAAAAUGGAACUGCCCACGUACAAGAGAGAAGUAUCAGAUUUUGAGGGAACCCCAAAGUCUGCAUAAAUUUAAAUUAUCUUUAACAAAAAUUACUCUAAGUUGACUGAACCCCAAAAGACGCAGUGAGAACUGUGCAAGCUCAGUAGUCAUGGAAUGCUGACUGACUUAAAAGGGGUACGACCGAAAUUCAGGGGGAAUAGAAUGGAGCAGCUGAACUCUUGAGCAACAGUGCUCUACACCGCAACAUUUCAUUGCAGGCCUGUCUUGUUUUCUUUGAAUAAUGGACCCUCAUCCUAUCGCAUAUCACAAACUUCCAAAGAUUAUAGUUUGAACACAUGCACUUUCUGUUUAUUUAGAGUGCAUUUUUACAGUAGGCAAUAGUUCUUUCUUUUCCUUUUUAAGAGCAGCACCUAGGGUUAAAUGGUUGCCUCAGACGGCUUUGGUAGCACUUGAGAUCCUGGGGUUAAAGGAAUGCUUGCCAGCCAUGGUGCUAAAGUGGUGCUAAUUAGGGAUGGGCAGCCCCCCCCCCUCUCCCCAACCUGCCCCAGGAAUUGUCCAGAAGAAAUUGAUUUAAUUUCCCCUCAAGUCUUUUGAAAUGUUAAGUCCUGGUGGGAGGCAAUGACAUCAUCACCAUGUGUCUGAGCCUCAAAGACUGAGUCCCUGUUGAGGCCUUCAUACCUUGGGGCUGGGCUCUCCCUACCACCCAUUUCAUAUUUCUUAAGGUGGGGGAUGAAAAGGAGAGUCCAGCUGAGUGGCCACAGCAAGGAACAGUGGCCCUUGGUGAUGAUGCCAUUGCUUGAGAUCAUUUCAGGCUUGUACCCCAGGCAGUCUACGGGGCAAUCCAAUUAACUCAGCCUGACUGUGCACCCAAGACUGUCUGGGGCACAAGUGUGAAAUGGAUCCUUGAGGGCAGACUCCCGAAAUCUGUAGUAAUUCCAGAUUUGGCAGAUUUCAGUGGCAACUGCACUUGUAUCGGAGUAUCUCUCUCCUCGAUUUUUCCCCACUGUUUGUGGGAAAGGAACAAAGGAAGGGGGAAUAUAAUUCACGGGCAUUGGCAUUUCAUCAAAAAUAUGCUAGUGGGUGUAUUCAAAUAGAGAACGACUAGAACCAAGAAGAGCCUUUCUGCUCCUGGUUUAACACUUAUCUAUUUUGGAAACAUAUAUUGAUCUGCAUAGAUCUUCUCUGUAGGCACAAGCAGCCUGCAGGUUUUUUGUAUAUUUGCUUUUUUUCUAUGAAAAAUGAUGUAUUUUUUACUAUUUCCUCUGUAAAAAAAUGUUUACUGUAAAUGACUAUGUUUUGGCUUUGCAUUAUCUUUUGAUGGGCCAAGUUUCUGGUUUGAAAUUCAUUCUCCUUUCUCAGCAAAGUAUCUAUACAGUGAAACAAUCCAAUUUCUUGCUAUUUGGGGGUGUGACGUUUGUGGAAAUAAAACCAUUGAGAAUUAAAUCAAACAUUCAUCAUGGAGCUUGUUUAUGUUCUUGUCCAUCCAACAGGAACCAAAGUUAGCCCAGUAAGACUAUAUCACAUUCGCUCAGCUGGCUGGGCCUGAUGGGUGUUUUACUCCUAAACAUCUGGAGGGCACCAGGUUGGCAAAGGAUGCCCUGGCUUUAAUUUCCAAACUCCAGUUUCCUAACAUGAAACUCUUUUAAAAACCUUCUAGUUCAAUAGAUAUAUUUAUC